AUGGAGCCUGCCAAGUUCAUGGCAACCGUAGCGCGAACCCGUGAGAUCGACUCGGGCCUGCGUGGCCUCGCGAUUGAGUGGCUCGUGAGCUUCGUGGAGAAGAGGUCGAAGUUUCUCAGCAAGUCUGCCCCGGAGUUCAUCAACCUCACACUUGAGUGCUGCAUGAGCCUCAUGCUCGAGGUCGAUGAGUCCGAAGACAAACUGAAGGAGUGGAUCGAGCGCAUGGACGAUGAAGAGGGUGAGGAAGAUGAGGAUGAGCUCUUCCACACCGGGGAGGAGUGCAUCGACCGUGUGGCCGAGGCGGCUGGAAUGGAAACCAUUGCAAACGGCCUUUUCCGGCUGAUUGCUCAUUUCUCCCAGCAGGAAUCGUGGCAGGCAAAGCACGCGGCGCUCGCGGCUGUGAAGCAGACUGUAGAGUACGUUGAGGAAGAGCACGUGGACGAGAUGGCCAAGCUUCUUCUUGGACAUGUGGACCACCCACAUCCAAGGGUGCGCUUCACCGCUCUGCAUGGUCUGGGUCAGCUUGCCAACGACCAAUCGCCGCACUUUCAGGAGCGAUCUCAUCAGCAAGUCAUGCCCGUGCUGACCAGAAAAAUGGACGACCAGAUGGACCGUGUGGCAUCCAUGGCCAUGUCUGCCUUCGUCUCCUUCGGUGAGGAGCUGGACAACUCCUUAAUGCACGGGUAUGCCCGUCCGUUGAUGGAGAAGCUGGUAAUGAAGCUUCAAGGCUCUCAGCAUCGUGGCGUUAGGGAGGAGGCGAUCACCUCCAUCGCGGUCAUUGCGGGGGUCAUGGAGAAGGACUUCGUUCAGUACUACGACAGCAUCAUGCCGAUGUUAAAAAACUUUGUGAUGACUGCCACCAGCAAGAAGGAGAACCGGCUUCGUGGCAAGUCGUUCGAGUGCAUGUCUCUGCUUGGAAUUGCUGUUGGCAAGGAGAAAUUUCUGAACGAUGCAAGGGAGGCCAUUGGUGCGAUGAUGAACACCCAGGUGGAGGCUGACGAUGUCCAACGGGAGUACAUCAAGGAGGCCUCUGAGCGCAUCUGCACCUGCCUGAAGAAGGACUUCAAGCCCUUCUUGCAGCCGCUUCUGCCGGGAAUCUUCAGGAAUCUUCGCCUUGACGACUUGCAUGACCAGGCGCCCGCUUCGGGUGGAACUGAGGAGGACGACUACGUCAAGGUCUCAACAGGAGACGGCAAGACAGUCCGAGUCCACACCGAGAAGUUCCACGACAUGAUGCAGUCUGUGCAGCUUUUGCAUACCUUCGUGACGGAGAUGGAGUCAGGUUACUUCGAGGCCAUUCCCGACACCGCCCAGGUUCUGUUGCCUUUGCUCUCUGCGACGGAUGAUGCCUCAAUGCUCUGCGAGGAGGUGCGCGGAACGGCCUUGCAAGUGUGGUCGCUGCUCAUCAAGGCGGCAAGGCUUGGCGCGGAGGAGAGAGGUCAGCCGAAUGAAAUCGCCAAGCAACUGCUGCAGAAGGGAUUGGAGGCUGCCUUCAGCCAGCUGCAGGGGAACCAGGAUGCCGAGCAGUUGCAAGAGAUUUCUUCCGGCGUGGCUGAGUGCAUCAAAAAUGUUGGCCCGGGCGUCCUCGGCAGUGAUGAGGUGCAGAAGCUGACGGCAAGUGUCUUCACGCUCAUGGACCAGUCCUUGCAGAGAAGCGCCAAGCAUGCCCAGGAUCAGGCCAAGGAGAAGCACGAGGCCAGUGCUCUGCCACAAGAGCUCCACGGUGGAGACGAAGAUGACGACGAGCACGACCUCAAUGCGGAGGAGGACCAGCUUCGAAGAAACUACGAAGAGAUCUUGGGUGCCAUGAUGAAGGUCUCUCCACAGCAAUUCCUUCCAUGCCUGUCCGGGUGUGCUGAGCGAAUUCAGCAGUGGGUAGCCACCAAAGAAAACAAGGUGUUGGGUCUGUAUCUAGUGUGCGACCUGCUGGAUCAUCUGAAAGAGCAUUCGGAGAGUGCUUGGCCGAUCUUUAUGCCAAAGAUCUUCGAGUCCAUCCAUGACGAGGAUGCAGACGCAAGGACACACACCGCCCCCCCCCUGCCGCCAGUUUAG